GGUCCGUUAAGUUAAAAGACACUUCUCUGCACUUUCUCUACGCCGUUUGAACAACUUUUUAUCAUGGCACUUUGUUGGAAGUGCUUCUCGGUUGUUUCAAACACGACUAGAGCAAGUUUUCACGGCUGUUUUUCCAUGUUUCUGUGCUGUUAGUGCAUCAUUUACCUUGGAAUGACGGAUAAAGAUUAGUUAGCAUGCUACUGAGCUAGCAUCAUCACGUCAGCGUCACACAUCACUGCAAACCUGCUAGUGACAGGAUCCUGGCAGAGAUGGGAAAACUACAGAGCAAGUUUCGCAAGAGGUCUGAGCUCUACAGAGCAUCUCAGGGGGAGAAGGCAGACAAUUCCUUUGACAGUCAAGUGGUGCAAUAUGAACCUGCCCAUCAAGGCUCCAUCAACACUGUCACCAAUCUCAGCCCAGAUCUGUGUGUUUCUGGUGGGAGUGACCAGGCUGUGGUUGUGUAUGACUGGAAACAAGGCCGGAUGUGUCAGUCCUUUCAGGGUCACAACCGAGAGGUUACCAAGGUGUUGUGUUAUCCAGGUAGCACAUGGAUCUUUAGUGCAUCUCGAGAUAAAACAGUUCUCAUGUGGGACCUAAACCAGGGGGACGAUCCCAUUCAGGAGUUCUGUGGCCAUGAGUUGGUUGUCAAUGGAGUAGCCAUCAGCCCAGAUGGGCGGAAGCUGUGUACCGGCUCUCGUGACAACUGGAUGUGCCUGUGGGAUAUAGAGUCUGCAAAAUGUGAACAUAGACACAACAUUUCUCGAAACCUGGUAACUCAUGUUUGUUGGGUGCCAGGCAGCCCCUCAAUAGUCCAAAGCUCUGAAGAUAAGACCAUCAGGGUAUGGGACAGUCGUGCAUGGCAGGUGACCAACACUUUCCCAGCCAAGCAGUACAUCCAAACCCACUGUGACGUUUCUCCAAAUGGAAACUACCUGGUUUCCAGCAGUAACGGCUUCGGGGGCCAAGGCUGUGAAGCCACGCUUUGGGACCUGCGUCAGCCCGGCUGUAAAGUUGUGGAGUACAGAGGACACCUGCAGACCACUGCCUGUUGUAUGUUCCUGCCGACGCCUCCUGGUGGCACAGCACGGGUAGCAACAUCCUCCCAUGACAGCUCUAUGAAAGUGUGGGAUCAAAACACAGCAGUCUGUUUGGGGACGUUAUCUCUGGAUGGUGCUGGUCCUCUGGUUUCUCUCGCUCCCAGUGACUCAACAAGUCUGCUUUGUGCUAGCUUCAACUCUGGCCUCCACCACAUCCAGAUCGGCCAGGGAUCAAACCAGGCACAGAGUUCAGGUGGAGCUGCUGGCCUGGAAAUUAAAGUUGUGGCACGUUUCUGAUGUCUGAGAAGAGCCUGAGGCAAACUUGUGUGAAAAUCCAGUGACUCAACAAUCAGCAGCAUGGCUGGAUACUGAAGCAUGUCUGUUGAAUCUUUUUUAAAACAAUUUUUAAAUAAUCAUAGAGCAAAUUUUUUUUUUUGCUGCUAGACCGCCAUACAGUGAAGAAUGACUGCAGACAUUAGCUAAGAAGCACAGGAGGACAAUGUUGUUAGUGGAUGAUGCAGAUUUUGUUCAGCCAAACCACCUGGAUUCUCAUCACAGAUGCAUUCCUCGGCUGCAAAGCCCUUUUCACACAUUUGCUCCCCAAAAAAUCUUGAAGAUUUCCGCAAAUCCUCCUUCCAUUUUCCUCACAGGAAGAGAUUAUCCCAGUCAGAUGGAAGGAGUGGCAGUCUCAGGAAGGAGGGCAUAAGAAUGAUAAAUCAUGGACUCUUCAGAAGUCACUUAACAAUUUUACAUUAAGAUGGCGAAUGAAGCAAUAAUGUCUGCCAGUUUUUGCCUUUUUAUUAAUGCUAGGUGCAACUGGAUGUUUUCACAGGGUUAACAGAAGAGCAGCAGAAACAUAUUUGCAUGCAGAAAGAGAAUGAUGAAGCUUUAUUAUGCGCACAAAAUGGGCUGGUGUUUGCAUGAUGUAAAAUUGUCAUUCCUUCCACUCACUCAUGUUGAAUGUUCUUGAAUAUUUGCUGUUGUGUUCAAACAUCAGCUCAUCCUGAUGUAUUGAGGAAUUUUAUUAGGGAGGUAGAAAAAUUUAUAAAGUUAAGGUACCAUUUGUGCUCCCAUGUGCAGCUCAACUAAAAACUUUAGCAGUUAUGAUUUUUGUACAAAAAGCCUUCAGUCAAAUAAACCAUGAAAUUAUUAGACCUCAGCAAUAAGAUCACGCUUGGAUUGAAGCCUUCCAGGACCCAGAAAGAAUACCAGAGAUUAUUCUCUAUUUUUGAAGCACUCUUAGAGUGGGAAAAUGAGCCAUUUGGAUAGGUGUUACUUCUCAUACUCUGAGUAUGUUGUUAGUUUUUCCUGGAUAAAAUUCAAUAGAUGCAAUCAGAUUUGUGCUAUGGAUUGUCAAACACUAAAAAGAAGACUAAUGAGAAAGAUGUUAAUUGUAAUGUAUAAGUUUGUUAGCUUGUACUGUAGUUUUAAUGUGUUCAAACUUAGACCAAAUGAACACCAACAUCAUGAGAAAGAAUUAACUGACCUCUUUUUGGUAGAAUCCAAUGAAAAAUUACUCUACUCUUCUAUUAACUAACGCUGAUAUUAGCUAACGCCUAGUGUCGAUAUUUACUGCAUUUUAAUUUGACAAUUACUAUGCAAAACCUUUGAG